UGUGAAGGCGGUUCAGUGGGCCGGUUAACAUUUCGCACUAUUACCUGACGCGAUUAUAUAUUCCCACCUGUAGGAACACCAUGAGCGUUAAAUAUGAGAUUCGAAAUUCGGAAAGACUCGGCAGAUACUUAGUAGCUGCGAAAGAUUUGAAGGCGGGCGAGACGAUACUCUCUAACGAGCCGUUCGUCCUGGGCCCUAACAUGGACACGUCUUUAGUUUGCUUCAACUGUUAUUUGCCGUUGAUCAGUAAGUUCGUUGUGUGUAAAAACUGCGCCGUGACGCCCAUUUGUCCUGGAGAGGGAUGUCCGGAACCAUUGGCCAAAAAGUGGCAUACCAACGCAGAAUGCGAGUUCUUUAGAAAUUUAAAGCUUACCAUAGGGUUAAGCCCCAUGACGAUGAUGCAAAAUGUGGGCUCUUUGCUAGUUCUACGAGCCCUGUUAAUGAGACGAGCGGAGCCCAAAUCAUGGGAAACGUUUAUGCAACUUGAAACGCAUUUAGACGAAAGGAAAACUUCCGGCGUGUGUGAUUUUUACGAGAAUACAGUAAAGUUUAUCAAAACCCUCGACCUGCUGAGCGACAGAGAUGACGCCGACCUGGUGCAAAAGAUAUGUGCGGCCAUCGAUGUGAACAGUUUCGAAGUACGCGGUCCGGCGAUUACUGCAAUCGGAUGUGCUGAGAGUCUGCGCGGAGUUUAUUUAAAAGCAGCACUCUUGCCUCAUGAUUGCGUUGCGAACACUCACAUGUCGAUAAACGAUAACAAUCUUCUGGUGUGCCAUGCCAGUGUGGAUAUAAAGAAGGGAGAAACGAUUUAUUAUAAUUAUACAGAUCCGUUGAAGGGCACAAUGAUUAGACAAAAGCAUUUAUUAAUCGGCAAGUACUUCAAAUGUUCGUGCAACCGGUGCUCGGAUUUGACUGAGUUGGGGACCUACAUGAGUUCCACAAUAUGUCCAGGAUGUAAGAAAGGGUAUAUUUCCCACUCUAGCGAGGAGGAAUGGACUUGCAAUGAAUGUCAGAAACAAUUUCCAAACGCGGAAAUUGGACGUAAGGUGCAGUGCUGUGCGGAUAAACUUGACGUUAUAAACAAAAAAGACCAAAAAGAAUUGGAAGAGUAUAUAAGAAAUGUAUCGUUAGUUUUGGCGCCGAAUCAUUACUUAUUAUUGGACGCGAAACAGCGGUUAGCUGGAGUUCUCAGGGAUACCAUCAACAGAGAACCACAUCCAUUGAAGAAGAUAAUAAGGCGUAAAUUGGAACUGUGUAAAGAACUAAUGCCUGUCCUGGAAAAGCUUUGUCCAGGCAUAUCUAGAACCAAAGCGAUUACGUUGUAUGAACUACACGCGGCUAUGGUAAUGUUGGCAAAAAAAAUGUUUGAUGGACGCGAAAUUAAUGCUUCGGUAUACUUGGACGAAUUACAAAGCGCAGAGAAACAUCUAAAACGAUCUUUGGAGAUGUUAUUUAUCGAACCUGGCAAUUCUCCAGAAGGCGAGUUAUGCGCUAAAGCAUUGGAGGAAUAUAGAGCGCUAAAAGGAACGAUGAGUAAAUUAUUAGACGCCUUGUACGCUGAAGGCAAAGUGUUUGUUAGUGAAGUGCAAGAGUGAUAGCGUUCUUGUAAAAUAAAUAAUAAAAUUAAGUUAAGUCUUUUGUUCACAUUAAGAUAAAUACCUAUCAAAACGUAAAUUCGUAUGGCUUGGUCAAGUUUGUGACAUAUAAUAUAGAAUUUUGAGGCACUUA